AUGGAAGCCUGUCAGAUGGCUGAAACCGCGGCUAUUCAAGCGACCAAUGCCUUAGUCCAGGUCCAUCAUUGGACCCAGGAUUUCCCGCGAUACCUCAAAUUUCGGAUUCACGAAUGGGAGGGUAAGCUUGAGAGUGUACAUGCUGUGUUUGCACUUGACGCUACAAUCUCGAACAUCAAGAGGAUGAAGGAGAGUGCAUUGGCCCUCAAGGGCCAUUUGAUAACGUGGCAGGAGAUGGUGCGGAAUAUCAGCAAGUCUCUGGCGUCCAUUCAUCAUACCCUGGAAGGAUUUGAGGACCCUGCUCUAUGUCGUCUGUCAAUGAAGGUUGAGUGGGCUGAAGUCAUGCGGUACUCGAAAAAUCUCCUCGCGUUCGUCGAUUUGAAUAGCUUCUAA